GGCCCGCGUGCCGUGCGCGCGUCAGUCCAUCCCGAUCUCAUCCGAUAGCUGCGUGCGUGCGUGCCUCUACAAACUGCACGGAGAAUCCACCAGCGUUCCCUCCAUCGGCCGGCAGCCGGCCACGCAUCCCGUCGGUGAAAACGUCCGGGAAUAAAACACACGCAUCAGCACAGUUCGGCAGCUCGGCGCCCCCACCGAACACUCCCUCCGCUCCACCUCUCCCCGUCGCGUGCCUCCGACCACCGCGACAUACCGCCGCUCUGCCAUGGACACGGCGGCCGCGUCGAGGCGGCACAACCCGGCGCUGGGCGGGAGGCGGCUGAGGAGGCGCGGGGGCGUGGCGCCGGUGCGGUGCUCCGGCUCGCCGGCGCAGGAGUUCGCGGCGCUGGCGUCCGUGUUCCGGCGGCGGCUGGUGGUGGGGGCGAGCACGGCGGCGGCCGCGGCCGUGGGGGCCAACUUCGGGGGCGUCACCAGCUUCCUCCUCGGCCUCUCCCCGGAGCUCGGCCGCUCGCUCAGGCUCGACGUGCUCUACCCCGUCGGCGGCUUCACCCGCUGCCUCGACUCCGACAACGGAUUCGAGUUCAUCUAUCCAGCAAACUGGGUUGGAGACCAGACAAUACUAUACAAUCAAAUUAAGAAGGCAGAACUGCAGAGAUCGCUAGACCCUCCGCCGUUGACAAGCGGGGGUUCUUCGGCUCGACCUCGGAACGUCAGUGGACCGGUGGCAGCUUUUGGCCCCCCGGGAUCCAACGGGGAGCUCAACGUCAGCGUCAUUGUGUCGACCGUCCCACAAGACUUCUCGAUUGAGUCUUUUGGCGGUCCUAAAGAUGUCGGGGAAGUGGUGCUGAGGAGGAUCGCAAGGACAAAGCGGAACCCGGAUAUCAGCGCCACUCUGAUCGGUGCCGCGUUGAGAGAAGACGCCGUAAACAAUGUGAAAUACUACAAGCUGGAGUUCCGAGUCGAGAGCCCUUCCUUCCGACGACACAAUGUGGCGGUGUGCUGCGCGAGAGACGGCAAACUUUACACCUUGAAUGCCCAGGCACCGGAGUCGGCAUGGAGGUCGGUUCAGGAAGAGUUCUUUGCGAUGGCGGAUUCCUUCAGCCUAAUGGUUGAUGUUUGAUGUUUGAUCUUGUAGAUACACAGUUUUGUAUCCGUGACCCUUGGACCUUUAUCGACUAGUCUGUAACUUCGCUUGCGAAUGUCAUGGUUUCGUUUAGCCGAGGAGUAAAAUGUAACAUAAAUAAAUGUUUCUGUAUCACAAUGUUCUUUGUGACAUCAAUGUCUCAAGUACUUUUUCGCGACCCGUAA